AUGAAGCGACCAAAUGACAACGGCAACGGCAACUUGGAUGAAAAUCUGCUGAAGAAAAAAAAGGGAUGGGACAUUCUGUACGAGACGGUGAUGAAUGCCUCAUCUCAUGCAGGAAUAAAGUAUGAUGAAAAUGCCCUCGUGAGUAAGGAGCUAACCGAUUUGAACAGUUCCAGUCGCUUCAUCUUCACCUUGUCGUCUACUGGGGUCAUUCCACGCGAGGAAGUGGAGGUCACUAAGAAAAUCCUGAAGCUAUGCAACCUUCGGGAAGAGUUUAUAAAACCCUUCACAGACAUAGACACAACGUUGGUAGAAAAAGGAAGCGCCUCCGAGGACGGUGAACAGAGGGAGCAUGAAGACACCAAGUCGGAUGAGCCAAUUUACAACCCUAGCAAGGUGGUCAUUUUGAACAAGUGUAACGCCUUCCUGAAUUUUAUCGAUGGGAUUUUCUUUGUUCACUGGAACCCUUCGAUGGACGAUGGGCCGAAGAGUAGAGACCAGUGCAGCGAAGAGAACAAGCUACCAGAGCACGCGAACAUCAAAUCGACGGAGGAGUACCUAUCAGCCAUCCAAGAAAUAAUGGAGGCCGUGCAGGACCCCGCCUGCAAAAGUUUCUGUUAUCAAAGGUUGAAGUACCUGGAACAGAAAUUCGAUUUCCAUCUUAUGUUUAAUGGUUCUUUAGAGUUAAGGGAAACAGCUAAUAUCAAGCACAGAGAUUUUUACAAUAUCAGGAAGGUAGAUGCACAUGUUCAUCACUCAGCCUGUAUGCAGCAGAAAGUAUUACUACGGUUCAUCCGAGAAAAAUACAAAACGGAACCUGAGACUGUAGUCUACAAGACCGAAGACGGGAGCAGAAUGACCCUCAAAGAUAUUUUCGACCAUAAAUUGAAGAUAACUGCAUAUGGAGCCACCGUAGACACACUAGCCGUUAAUGCGCUCGGAAGCUGUUUCCAUAGGUUCGAUCUGUUCAACGAUAAGUACAACCCAUUUGGACAAAAGUUGCUAAGGGAAAUAUUUUUGAAGACGGAUAACUACAUCGAAGGAAGGUAUCUAGCCGAAAUUACAAAACAAGAAAUAAAAAAUUUAGAGAAAUCGAAAUAUCAACAUGUGGAGUGGCGUAUAUCUAUAUAUGGACAAAACAAAAAUGAAUGGAAAAAGCUAGCCAAAUGGGUUCUACAGAAUAAUCUCUCAAGUCCUUCUGUACGUUGGAUUAUUCAAAUACCAAGGCUUUACCAUAUAUAUAAAAAAAGGAAGUUAAUUAAUUCUUUUGCAGAUUUUUUAAGUAACAUAUUCGAACCUUGUUUUGAAGCAGUAAAAAAUCCACAACAAAACAGAGAAAUAUUUACCUUCCUGCAGCAAGUGGUUGGUUGGGAUAGCGUUGAUGAUGAAUCCGCCAUUUCCAAAUAUACCUCUAAGGGUGGAGAGCUUCCUACUCCAGAUAAGUAUAUCAGUGAGAACAACCCUCCCUACUCCUACUACGCAUAUUAUAUGUACUCCAAUAUAAGAACCCUCAAUGACUUUCUGGUUAGUCGACAUCUGCGUCCCAUGGCUUUCAGACCCCACUGCGGAGAAAUCGGAAACAUAAGCCACCUGGCAACCAUGUUCCUACUGGCAGAUAGAAUAAACCACGGAAUAAAUUUGAGGAAAUCGCCUGUUUUACUGUACCUCUACUAUUUGAAGCAGAUCGGGCUGGCCGUUUCGCCCCUCUCCAAUAACGCCCUCUUUUUGCAAAUUGAAAAGAACCCGUUUAAGCGCUUCUUCAAAAUUGGCCUAAACGUGUCACUCUCCACGGACGACCCUCUCAUGUUCCACUUCACGGAUGAGCCGCUUCUGGAGGAGUACUCCGUGUGCGCGCACAUAUGGAAACUCAGCACCGUGGACUUAUGCGAAAUAGCAAGGAAUUCCGUCCUGCAGAGCGGGUACGAACCAUCCUUCAAGAAGCACUGGCUGGGUACAGACACAACUAAUGGAGCGACAAAUUUUCAGAACCAUCCGGAGAAAACGAACAUACCCAACACAAGGAUGGCGUACAGGAAGAAAACCUUUGACGAAGAGAAUGAAAACAUUUGGAGGCUGGCGAAUUACACAAGUGACGCGUGA